AUGGCGUCCAAGCGCCCGGAGAUCCUCCUUCUCUGUGUUGCACCAAGAGACUUUGUUGGGGAUCGUUUUGAGCCCCUUUUGGAACGCCUUAGAGAAUGCGCCGACUUGAAGCGUGCCACAACGAUUGACGAGGUAUUACGUGGCCUGGAAGCCAAUCCCAAAGUCGUCAUCGUCGCUGACGAAGGUGUAACUAUACCCGUCAACAGACUCGUCGUGGAAGAGCUAGAAGAGUACAUGCGCAGGGGAGGUUUGGCCGUUUUCGGCUUAUGUUUUCCCGGCUUCGUGACUAAGAACCGUUUCAGGAGCGUCUUUCGAGUAAGAAUAGGUUUGCCGUGGGUGAUAGGCGAUAAUCAACGAACCACAUUCGAAUUUCAUCCUGAGUGCACCCUUCCAGCGGGAACAGUGGCUGACUCGUUCCCUACACCAUACAGAAUGGAGGCGAUUCUCAUCAAGAACGCUCGCCCCAAAGAGAAGAUUUACAUUCCUAUCAAAGGUGCUAUGACGGAGUGGCCGCGGCCAGAACCCGUCGACCAGACACAAGCUGCAGUGGUGGGGGCAAAAGUGGGCGAUGGAUAUGUGGCUUAUUGCGGAGAUAUCAAUCCGGCUACUAUACAAAAAGGGUUUCAUGGAGAGGUAGAUUAG